GUUUUUAUUGUUUGUAUUUAUAUUUUAAUCAAUCAUUUUUAGUGUUUGUUUUGUUUAUAUAUAUUCAACAAAUUAAUUGAUUUUUUUUAUUUAAUGUUUUCUUUUGUUUUGUUUUUGUUUGUUGUGUUUAUUCAACUCAUUGAAUGAAUUGUUUGAAUAGUCAUCGGCGGUAAACAACAACAACAAUGAUAUUGUGGUCAAACUUAUUGUUGAUAUUGUUUAAUCUGGCGGCCAAUUAUAAUGGCCAACAACAACAACACGGCGAUAAUGGCCAGACAAUCGCGAUAAUCGGCUCGUCUCGAGUGGUCGACACUGAAUCUUCAUCAGCGAUCGAUAACUCUGACCUCAAGGAUGACCUGCAAAAAGCGGAAACACCGCCGCCGACAAUCGCGAUAAUCGGCGGCGGAAUUGGCGGCACAUCUUCGGCAUACUUUCUCCGAGAGCUGUUCACUGCCGCCGCCGCCACCACCGCCGACAGUCAACCGUCGUCGUUGUCGGACAUUGCGGCGGUCAUGGACUUGUAUGAACGCAACGGCGAAUUGGGCGGCCGUUUGCGGACACAGCUAAUCAAUGGCCGCUACUACGAAACGGGCGGAACUAUGAUACACGAACGUAACCGCUAUGCCCGACAAUUGGCGGCCAAAUUUGGUCUGUCCCGUAGAGAUGUUGACAAACAUUUCGACACAAAGUUAUGUCUAUUUAAUGGCAAAAGUUUUGAUUUCUGCGAAAGUUCGCUGAGUUUGUGGACAUAUUUGAAGAUCUGGUAUCGGUAUGGCUUCGAUGUCCAUAAACUUGAAUCUAAAGUAUCGAAAAUAAUGGACUAUUUUGACAAUAUUUAUAGUCUUCAAGAGGACCACAACAUUCAGUUCGAUACAGUGGAUCAACUGUUGACAGCAAUGAAUCCGUUGAUUAAAAAUCUAACAAAAAUCACGUACAAAGACUAUCUGACCAAUGCUCGGCUGUCGAAGACAUUCAUCGACGAAUUGGUCCAAUCGAUAGCAUUGGUUAACUACGGACAGGAUGUCUCGAUUCCGGCGUUUGUCGGUAGUGUCUCGUUUGCCGGCGCCGGUGCUAACCUAUGGAGUAUUAAAGGCGGCAACAAAUUGUUGGCCAAAAAUCUGGCCAAACAUUCCGCAGCUAAUAUCCAUUUGAAUACACGAGUCGAUUCGGUUACCCAAUUGGCACCGAACAUGUUUGAUGUGACCGUUACCGACACUGUGACCGGCCAGUCAACGACCCGACGUUACAAUAGCGUUAUAAUCGCUACACCGUUGACCGAAAAUCAAAUCCGAUUCAACAAUUUUACCGACGAUAACAUUAACUUGAAAAACCAUAUCAACGGAAAACAGCGUCGCUAUCAUCGGACUGUUGCCACACUAGUGGCCGGAAAAUUGUUGAAAAAAUUUAACGGCAAAGACAUCCUAUGCGACAACAAAAGUACAUUUUUUACGUCAAUCGGUCGGUUGUCUCCCGUCGACGACGACGACAACGACCAGUCCAUUAGUGCCGCCGCCGCCGAGGAGGAGAAGACACCGGUCUAUAAAGUAUUUAGUCCGACGCCGUUAACUACCGAACAGUUAUCGAUGAUAUUCUCGGAUAUCCAAUCGGUUCACAUAACCGAUUGGUACGCCUAUCCUGAAUACGAUACCGUUACCGAACCGUUGCCAUCAUUUCUAUUGUCCUCGUCAUCAUCGGCUGGCGGUGGCAGUGGUGGCGGUGGUGUCUACCACUUGAAUGCCAUUGAAUGGGCUGCCAGUGCUAUCGAAAUGAGUCUGAUUGGCGGCAAAAAUGUUGCCCUAUUGGCCUACAAUCAGUUUGGGGGUAAAACCAAUGUUUUCAAUAUCGAUAAUAAAACUCUAAAUAAUAAUAAUAAUCGACGACUAGUUGUUGAUGAGUUAUGA